AUGGUCGGCGUUCCGGUUGCAUUGUGGGUAUCAGCGCUUCUCAUCGCAUACACCGUCACAGCCCUGGACUUCAUCUUCAAUCGCACCAUCUUCCCCAUCAACCCCGGCCUGAGCUUUUCGUCAAAGUACGCCUCCUAUGUCUCUAGCGCAGACAGUCUUAGCCCCCAGGACCCCUCCAACUGGGCGCUCGAGUUCGACCUGCGAGAUGCCCCUCUGAACAAUGAUUCCUGGGUGAUGCCCAGCCAGACCGGUGGUGUGACCUAUGUCGUCAAUGGCACAGGCAUGAACAUGUUCAUGACGGGACUCGUUAGGGCUGGUCCGGCACUCCCUCAAGUCUCCUGCCUGACUGGAGGGGGCGUGUGGAGUGGUGGCGACAGCCUGCCCGCCGAGGUUCAUGUGACAGACCAUGGGAACGCCGCUGUAUCCGCCGAAGCGGGGAACGAGAACGCCUUCAGCCAGUAUCGCGUGACGGUCGAGUUUGAUGCUCCGCAGCGCUGGAGGAUCAACAACAUUACGAACCUCUACAGCAUCCCUCUCAAAGAGUGA